AUGGCUCACCUGGGAGCCCAUUUUGCCUUUCGAUCCCGCUGGCAGAAGACCGACGAUGAACUCUGUCGUCAUAGCAUGUCCUUCAUCCUUCACAGAGCCAUUCGCAAUGACUUCUUUCAGAGCUAUCUCUACCUGCUGGAAAAAAUUCCCCUGGUGAAAUUGUAUGCUUUAACAAGUCAAGUCAUCAAUGGUGAGAUGCAGUUCUAUGCCAGAGCUAAACUUUUCUAUCAAGAAGUACCAGCUACAGAAGAGGGAAUGAUGGGAAAUUUCACUGAACUGUCCAUCCCAGAUAUCCAGGCUUCUCGGGAGUUUCUUAGGAAAUUUGUUGGGGGCCCCGGGAGAGCUGGGACAGACUGUGCCUUGGAUUGUGGCUCUGGAAUAGGAAGGGUCAGCAAGCAUGUCUUGUUGCCCGUUUUCAACAGUGUGGAACUGGUGGACAUGAUGGAAUCAUUCCUCGUCGAAGCCCAGAACUACCUGCAGGCCAACGGGGACAAGGUAGAAAGUUACCACUGCCACAGCCUGCAGGAAUUUACACCCUCACUGGGGAGAUACGAUGUCAUCUGGAUUCAGUGGGUCUCUGGGUACCUGACCGACAGAGACCUCCUUGCAUUUCUGUCCCGGUGCCGCGCUGGCCUGAAGGACAACGGUGUCAUCAUCCUGAAGGACAACGUGGCUCGGGAGGGCUGUGUUUUCGAUCUGUCGGACAGCAGUGUGACUCGGGACAUGGACAUCCUCUGGAGCCUCUUCAGGAAGAGCGGGCUGGUGGUGCUGAGCCAGAAGAAGCAGGACGGCUUUCCAGAGCAGUGCAUCCCAGUGUGGAUGUUUGCACUGCACGGUGACAGACAUUCUUGACCAGCGGUGGGAGUGGGUGGCAGGACUGCCCAGGGGUGCUUUGGGACAGAAGUGCUCUUCUCAUAAUCCAUGGGGCAGGGGGGAUGGAGAGAAAGGAUGCAAUGCAUAUCUGGAAAUGAUUGAUGUAGUAUUUACAAGUUUCCAUUAAUUUUAUAAGCACUUGCACACACUCCAUGGAUUUUCUGAAAGAUAAAUGAAGUGAAACAUCAGGGAAAAUGUUUUAAGAGACUGCUGUAUACACCUAAACUGUGCAAGUGAACACAAAAACAGAAAAGGG